UGUUUUUUCUCAUACCUAUUUAAAUACCUAUUUACUCUUAUCAGCUGUUAUCAUGCGGUUUUUUAAACUUUUUUUGUUUUUUUUCCUCAACUUUUUAAUAAAAGUUCAACCUUCAAAGUUUCAAAUUGAUUUCCAUAAAUUUGUUUAUCCCUUUUUCAGUUGUCAUCUGCCAUUUCGUUCGCGAAAACCGUGAAUUUAUUCACAUCUAUUGCUUCUUUUACAUGUUGAUUUGUUGAAAUAUUGAACUUAAAUCAGAUGUGGUUCACAGUUCACUCAUCGUAUUCUCAUUAGCGAAACCGAAAUAUUGUUAAUACUUAACCCGAAAUGAGAAAUAUUAUUUUAUUUUUGUUCUCCAUCGUAUCAUUACUUUGUUGGAACUCCUGCUCGAGUUUUGAAGAAUUUACGGAACAUAAAAUUCAGAAAAAUGCCGUCGAUGGUCUAAUUAAACGCCUAAUAGGCGAAGAAAAAAGCAAACUGUUCAAUAUAACCAUACACAAGCAAAACGUCGCCAAAAAAGACACAUUUUCUGUAAACAAAAUCCAGAAUAUAAUUCAAAUUUCAGCAACUAGUGGUGUAGCUGCAGCCUACGGUUUUCAUUAUUAUUUAAAAAAUUAUUGCAAAGCUCACGUAUCCUGGGACUACGACCAACUGAAAAUACCAACGAUAUUACCAGACGUCGACGUAGGCCUAAUAUCGAUGGAUAAAUUUCGUUACUAUCAAAACGUCGUCGUUUACAGCUACAGUUACGCGUGGUGGACAUGGGAAAGAUGGGAACGUGAAAUAGAUUGGAUGGCUUUGAAUGGUAUGAACCUAGCUCUAGCUUUUACCGGACAAGAGACGAUCUGGUUAAAUAUUUAUAAACAAAUGAACAUGACGCAGAAUGAAAUAAACGAGCAUUUUUCCGGAUCGUGGUUUCUAGCGUGGAAUAGAAUGGGUAAUCUGCGUGGUUGGGGAGGAAAUUUGACGAAAAAAUGGCACGAGAAUUCGCUCGAUUUACAAAGAAAAAUUCUUAAAAGAAUGAGAUCUCUAGGCAUUAUACCUAUCUUACCGGCGUUUUGUGGUCAUUUGCCUAGAGCCUUUGAGCGAUUAUAUCCUCACGUUAGGAUGACCAAGUUACUUCCUUGGGUUCAUUUUGAAGAUGAAUAUUGUUGCCCUUUUUUAUUAGAUCCGAAAGAAAAACUAUUUCGAGAAUUGGGUGAAAAAUUCAUGUUCGAGCUCAAAAAACAGUUCGGACUGACACAUUAUUACAACUGCGAUACGUUUAACGAAAUGAUUAAUCCUUUCGAGGAUGUUAAAAAUUUAUCCACGUUUUCCUCGGCGGUUUUCGAUGCUAUGGUGAAAGUGGAUGAGAACGCGACUUGGAUUUUACAAGGAUGGCUGUUCGUUGAUAAUGAAACGUAUUGGACCAGAGAAAGGGCUCAAAAUUACCUUUCAGGCGUUCCAAAUGACCGAAUGAUUGUUUUAGAUUUACAAUCAGAAACUGCUCCGCAAUACUUGCGUUUAAAUUCAUACUUCGGUAAACCUUUCAUCUGGUGUAUGUUGCAUAAUUUUGGUGGAAAUCUCGGAAUGCAUGGGUCAUUUGAUAUAGUUAAUGAAAGAGUAAUUGAAGCUCGAAAUGCACCCAAUAGUACCAUGAUAGGUACCGGAAUCACUCCUGAAGGUAUCAAUCAAAAUUACGUGAUUUAUGAUUUCAUGACAGAAUCAUCAUGGCGUAAUAGCACUAUCGAUACUGACGAAUGGGUUGAAAAGUACAGCGAGAGACGCUAUGUUUUGAAUAAUAAUAAUUUAAAAUUCGCUUGGAAAUUAUUGAAAAAUAGCGUUUAUAAUUACAAACUUCCAGAGAGAUUACACGGAAGUGGGUAUAUUGUGUGCAGGAGACCAUCCCUUCGUUUGAAACCUUUAAUUUGGUAUAAUGUUAGCGAUGUUUUGAACGCUUGGGAUUUAUUUUUGAACACCUCUAAUGUUGUAAAAUACGAAGAAUUGAAUGAUAAUUAUCUAUACGAUUUAAUCGAUGUUACCAGACAAGCUUUACAAUUACUUUUUGAUCAAACUUACCUAACAUUAAUGGAUAAUUAUUCUAAACGAGAUAUAAACCUAUUUGAAGACACAGCGAGACAAUUAUUAGAAAUUCUAGUCGAUUUUGAAAGAAUACUUUCUACAAACAGUAAAUUCAUGUUAGGAGCUUGGCUCAAUAGUAUCGAAGUAUCGGCAAUGAAUUCUUCUUUAGAUGUUCAGUCUUCAAUUAAUUAUGCCAAAAAUCAAAUUACGUUGUGGGGUCCAAAAGGAGAAAUAUUGGAUUACGCAACUAGGCAAUGGAGCGGCGUUGUGAUAGAUUAUUAUUACCCUAGAUGGGCGUUAUUUUUUCAUUAUUUAUCAAUUAGUAUUAGAACGAAGACAAAAUUCAACAAGAAAAAGUUCAACGAUAUAGUUUUUGAAGCGGUUGAAGAUCCGUUUUGUAAGAGUAAUAAAACUUAUCCGGUGAAGCCCGAGUCGGAUACGUUGAGUAUUGCGAAAAUAAUUCAUGUAAAAUGGAGAAACCUUUUCAAAAUAAUUUAAAAUUGAAAUUUUUUACAUUUCUAAAUUGUUGAUUGUUUUUUAUAUAUUUUUAUUUUUGUACCUACCUAAUCGUAAAAAUAAUUUUGUUAGUAAUGUUUUUUUCUUCAAAUUUUGAAAAUUGUUUGCUUGUUUUUUUCUUUCAUAAUAUUCAAAUUCAAAUGCUCUAAAAAAAAAAAGUCAACCGGAAGCUGUAAAUGUUGGAUCUAUAAUUCCAACCAAUUUCCAAGUCGAGUCAAAAGUUUCUGAAACCUGUGUUAUUAUUGCUAUUCUAUCGUCGUUUUAAUUGAUUAAUGAUUAUACUCAAUGUUCAUUAAAACAUUAAGUUUUAAAAAAUAAAACCGUGUCAAUAAAAUUAUUACCUAUCUA